CAGGCCAAUCAGCUGUCAGGGCUCAUGAUAAAUCGCAAUGCAUUAUUGAUAAUAAUAAUUACUGGGACAUGCGCGUUCGGGCCGAAGGGGGGUAAAUUUCCUAACUCCAGGAAUUUGUGGUGGAGAGGCCAAAUAACCGCGGCUCUCCCGGCGCCCCGAUGCUGGCACCAUGUCGAGGCGCAAGCAGGCGAAACCCCAGCACAUCAACUCCGAGGAGGACCAGGGCGAGCAGCCUCCGCAGCAGCCCACCCCAGAGCUUGCAGAUGCGGCCCCAGCGGCGCCGGCGGCGGGGGAGCCGGGUGUCCCAAUGAGCCACGCAGGGAAUGGGGAUGAAGUGAAUGGAGACAGAACCACAGGAAAGCGGCCUCGACGGGAGGAGACCCACGUCUGUGACAAGUGCUGUGCCGAGUUCUUUAUUCUCUCUGAGCUCCUGGGACAUAAGAAAAAUUGCACUAAAAACCCGCCUGUCCUCAUCAUGAAUGACAGCGAGGGGCCAGUGCCUUCCGAGGACUUCUCCCGAGCUGCACGGAGCCACCAGCCACCCAGCCCAGGCGGGAAGGACGGCCAUAGGGAGAGCAGCAGCAGCUCUGGGGACGCGAAGGAGAAGCCGGGCGCAGAGUCUGUCCUGUACUUGAAGACAGAGACGGCUCUGCCAGCCGCCCCGCAGGACAUAAGCUUCUUACCCAAAGGCAAAGUGGCCAACACCAAUGUGACUCUGCAGGCACUGCGAGGCACCAAGGUGGCUGUGAACCAGCGCAGCGUGGACGUGUCCCCCACGCCCGUGCCCGGCCCCAACAGCAUCCCGUGGGUGUUGGAGCAGAUCUUGUGUCUGCAGCAGCAGCAGCUGCAGCAGAUCCAGCUCACGGAGCAGAUCCGGGUCCAGGUCAACAUGUGGGCCGCACACGCCCUCCACUCGCCUGUGGCCGGGGCUGACGCCCUGAAGACCUUGGGCAGCCAUGUGUCCCAGCAAGUGUCAGCCGCCGUGGCCUUGCUCAGCCAGAAGGCCGGAAGCCAAGGCCUGUCUCUGGAUGCCUUGAAACCAGCCAAGCUACCUCACGCCAACAUCCCUCCCGCCCAUGGCUCCCUGUCCCCGGGGCUGGCGCCCUUUGCCCUGAAGCCGGAUGGGACUCGGGUGCUCCCCAAUGUCAUGUCUCGACUUCCGGGGGCUUUGCUACCUCAGGCCCCGGGCUCUGUGGUCUUCCAGAGCCCUUUCUCCACUGUGGCGCUAGACCCAUCCAAGAAAGGGAAAGGGAAGCCCCCCAUCUCCGCGGCGGAUGUCAAACCCAAAGAUGAGGCGGUCCUCUACAGGCACAAGUGUAAGUACUGUAGCAAGGUUUUGGGGACUGAUAGCUCCUUGCAGAUCCACCUCCGCUCCCAUACUGGAGAGAGACCCUUCGUGUGCUCGGUCUGUGGUCAUCGCUUCACCACCAAGGGCAACCUCAAGGUGCACUUCCACCGUCACCCCCAGGUGAAGGCAAAUCCCCAGCUGUUUGCCGAAUUCCAGGACAAAGUGGUGGCAGGCAAUGGUGUCCCCUGUGCACUCUCUGUCCCUGUCCCCGCAGAUGAAUCGAGUCUCUCUUUAGACAGCAAACCUGUCCUUGUAACAGGGACCCCUCCCGUAGGGCUACGUCAACAUAUCCCCUCGGGGACUAACCCCAAGGACCUCAUGGGUGGCCCACUGCCCAGUGACCUGCAGCCCGGGCCUUCCCCAGAAAGUGAGGGUGCACCCACACUGCCUGGGGUGGGGCCCAACCAUAAUCCCCCAAGGGUUAGUGGCUUCCAGGGGAGUGGGCCCUCUGAGCCAGGGUCAGAGACCCUGAAAUUGCAGCAGCUUGUAGAGAACAUCGACAAGGCCACCACCGACCCCAAUGAAUGUAUCAUUUGCCAUCGAGUCUUAAGCUGCCAGAGCUCCCUCAAGAUGCAUUACCGCACCCACACCGGUGAGAGGCCAUUCCAGUGUAAGAUCUGUGGCCGGGCCUUUUCCACCAAAGGCAACUUGAAGACGCACCUCGGUGUCCACCGCACCAGCACGUCUGUGAAGACGCAGCAUUCGUGCCCCAUCUGUGAGAAGAAGUUCACCAACGCGGUCAUGCUGCAGCAGCACAUUCGCAUGCACAUGGGCGGCCAGAUCCCCAACACACCCCUGCCCGGGAGUCCCUGUGACCUUGUGGGUCCCGAGCCCACCAUGCUCAGGGAGAACAGCGGCGCGGGUGCCACCUGCCACGAUGAUGUUGUCAAAAGCAUCGAUGUAGACGACAUCGGCUCCCACGAUGCCCCCUGCGGCUCCUCCAAGGUGCCCACUCCACUUCCCGGCACCCACGUGCCAUCGCCCACUCUGGGGUUCUCAGUGGUGGCUUCCCAGGAUGCCCCAGGGAAGGUGGGCCCUGCCCCUUUGGGCCUGCAGCGCCAGAACAGCCGAGAGAACGGCUCUGUGGAGAGCGACGGGCUGACCAAUGACGAUUCCUCGCUUGCGGGCGACCAGGAGUAUCAGAGCCAAAGCCCAGAUGCUGUGGAAACCAUGUCCUUCCAGCCACUGUCCCCGGCCAAUAGCCAAGCGGAAAGCAUCAAGUCACGGUCCCCUGAUACUGGGGUCAAAGCCGAGAGCUCCGAGAACAGCCGCACUGAGAUGGAAGGUCGUAGCAGCCUGCCAUCGACGUUUAUCCGAGCACAGCCCACCUAUGUCAAAGUUGAAGUUCCCGGGACCUUUGUAGGCCCCUCCACCAUGUCCCCAGGCAUGACUCCGCUGUUGGCUGCCCAGCCCCGCCGUCAAGCCAAGCAGCACGCCUGCACGCGCUGCGGGAAGAACUUCUCCUCAGCUAGCGCCCUGCAGAUCCAUGAGCGGACACACACUGGAGAGAAGCCUUUCGUGUGCAACGUGUGCGGGCGAGCGUUCACCACCAAAGGCAAUCUGAAGGUCCACUACAUGACCCACGGGGCCAACAACAACUCUGCUCGCCGUGGGCGGAAGCUGGCCAUCGAGAACACCAUGGCUCUGCUGGGUACGGAUGGAAAGCGAGUGCCGGAAAUGUUUCCCAAGGAGAUCCUGUCGCCCUCAGUAAGCGUGGACCCGGUGGUGUGGAGCCAGUACACCAGCAUGCUCAACGGAGGCCUGGCCAUGAAGACCAAUGAGAUCUCGGUGAUCCAGGGCAGCGGGAUCCCUACCCUGCCCGUGUCCCUGGGGGCCAGCUCGGUCGUGAGUAACGCCACCGCCUCCAAGAUGGACGGCUCCCAGUCUGGGGUCAGCGCAGAGGCAGAAAAGCCAGGUGUUACUGACAGUGUUGCCAAACACCAAUUCCCUCACUUCCUGGAAGAAAACAAGAUCGCAGUCAGCUAAACUCAAAGAGAAGUCUGGUGGAAAGAGAAUGCAGGCGAUCUCCUGUUUGCUUUUUUUCUUACUGAUAUGCAAAUGAUGUUUACAGUUGUGACCCAACCUGGGGUAAUCCUACAAUCACAAUUGUUGCUGUGCUGCUUUGCAAAGCAAAAGAAAAAAGAAAAAAAGAAAAACAAAACAAAAAACCCCAGAAAAUUCAUACCAAAACAGACUAGAUUUUUUUUUUUUAAUUUUGGAAAGAAGCGGGUCUUGCAAAGUAGCUUUAUUACUUGCAACAAACUAUAUACGUAAAAGCUUUGUACAACCUAGAGUGACUCUUUCCAAAGAUUGUCACCUGUGUCGAAGUGUGCCAGUUGGAACUUACUGCCCCACAGUGGAAAAGACAACGACUUAGCCUAAUUGUGGGGGUGAGGUACGGUACACUUCCAUGCUGACUCUAUGCGGGUAAUGGACAAAGGUUUGCCAUCUAUUUAGGGGCCAGUUCGAUGUGGCUCCCCCCAACCCUUUACCAUCUUUUGUUUCGUUUUUGUUUGUUGAAUGUACUUAAAGAAAACAACAAGGUUGCAGAAUUAACAAAAUUCCUUCAACCUUAGGACCUUAGGUAGAUGCCCUCAUGUGGACUUACUGUAGUCUGUAGGGAGCCAGUGUCCGUGUUGCUGCUUAUUUAAAUACAGUUCACCUGGAGCCCCAGAGUGCCCACUUCGCCCCCACUUCACAGAUGCCUUCGUCUUCCGGCACCAGGAGAGGUGGGCGCCUGAGCCAGAAUUCUCAGCUGACUUGGGGUUCACCAGUGCCGGCUGUUUUGAAGAACUGCGUUUUCAUUCUUGAAACUCAUGGAAGAUUGAAAUUUUGUAUCACAAGUUCACAUGUUUGUUUUUGUUUUUAAAUGGUGCAACUUAAGCCAAGUAAUAAUGAAGAUUUUUUUUUCCCCCUGCUUGGGUGUAUCACAUGAAGGCUAUGAAGCUGGAACAGGCAAGUCCUAGGUGUGAAAGCUUUAAUUUAUCUACCUCAUUUAUUUUUUAUUUUUGUAGCCAUAGUCUCUAUUUUCCUAUUUGAUGACCGCUGAAGUAUUCCAGGCUCCAUCUUAAACCUAAGAGUUGAUAUACUGUGGGAACAGCUGGAUGUUCAAGAUGUCUUUGAUUCCUUUUUUUAAUCCCCUUUGUACAUGUAAUAAUAUUGAGCAGAUGGUGAAACAUUGCUCUAGCAGUUUAAUGAGGAAGGAGAAAAAAGACCCGGCUGCUGGUAGAGAAGUCUUUCCCACUGCUGAAGCCCCUGGUUGCAAUGUGGAUCGAGACUGUUACGCCAAGUUCCGUCACUUAGUUAUUGCACCUGACUUUAGGAUCCAAAAAAGUGUUUUUGCCAAGUUGUGCCUUUCCUUCUGGAAUUGUAAGAGAACACAAUAAUAGUACCUGUUUACACUGUGAAGUGCAUACUGUUAUGAGAACACCCCAGUGGCUUUCUCACUGUCGAGCUCAGAAUGCCUUGUGAAUGUAUGAUCUAUGGAGGACCCCUGUAGUUGUACCUGCUGAUGCUGUCCGUCUGUUGGAAAAUAAAUUUUGAAUGUUUUUCCC